UCUGCUGCUUUCAGGACGAUGGGUCAAUCAGGGUGAUGGCGGCGGCGGCGGUGGUGGUGGUGGUGGUGGUGGUGGUGGAGGCGGCAACACCAUACACUUCUCGCGAUAUGGGAUUCCCUUUCAAACCCCGCGUGACGUACCCUUCCCAUGAUCCUCCACCUCCCUGUAUCACCACUCAAGGGCCCGUAUUCUGAAACGCUUUGCUCUCUCACCAUCACUACUUUCCAUAAGGAGAAACUGUCUUGAAAACCUGGCUAGUGAUCUCUGUGGCCUUGGAAAAUUGUCGUGGUGAGAGAGCCAGCCGUUUCUGAAUACUAGGGAAGGUCUAAUGAGAAUUUAAAAAGACGGUGCAUGAGGAGUUUAAUUGUCACUGUCUUGGCGUGGCGGGGAUACGAGUAUUGUACUGUCGGUGUGGCUUUAAUAUAGAGCUGUAGAGUCGUGAAGUAACAUCAGCUAGCGUCUGUCUGUUGCUCUUGGAUUCAGCUAAGAAAGGCAGAGCGGCAGAACGAACCUUUCUUGGUCUCGAUUGCAGAGCGUGGCAGUUAUGGAAGAAAUACGAGAAUGUAGACUGCGUAUGAAUUCCAGGUCAGAGUGGGAGGGAAUUCAAGGUGUGGGGAAGGAAUGAGUAGAAUGGCAGACGAUGGUGAGGGCGAGAAGGCGUGCCUGAGGGCGGGCGUGCUGGCGCGGGACCCCUACAGCCAUCUCUUUUCCGACCCAGCGUGGGAAGCGAGGGAAGGCAGCCGAGCGUUACAUUAGACUCGUAAGUUGAGGCCGCUGUUGCUUUGAAUGCCGCACUUUUUUCUCGGCAGUGGUGAUUGCGUGUGGUGCGGCAUUUAGCGAAGGUCAGCAAAUAUUAGGGAAACACGAUCUCCCAUGAGCGGUUGGCAAGCCGAGAGUGCCGAAGUCUCCCAGCAGCUUCCGCCACUCGCACUGCCUCCUCUUCGCCUCGUAAGCCAUCCUCGCGGCCCUCCCCUCGCCCUCCUGCCUCCAGGAAACCAAUCUGGAACAUCUGAUUUCCGCUGCAUCAGCUUGGUUGUUGAAACUUUGCUGCGCCACUAAAAUCUAUGAAUAUUUCAAAAGUUGGUCUCUACCUCAUCUGGCAGCCUCAGCAAUGGAUGCCUGGGAGGGUCUGGGCGGCAUGAGCCCUUAGUCGAUACCUACCGGUCGCGGGGGACGGACACUCGCGCGACCCUUUCAAGGUGCUAACUCGGUCACGCUCUGCCUUCUCAGCCCACAGCGAGCGGCGGAGACUCUCAGCCGGAUAGAGUGCGUGCAUAGAGGUGCCUAACUUCUCUGGGAGGUAGUGUGGUGAGCGGAGGGAAGGGAAAGCGUGGUGUGGGUGUGAGACAGGUGAGACUUGGCCAAAACAGGACUAGUGUGGCAGGCGUGGUCAGCUGCAGCGCCCAGCUGACUGGGCACACCAUUCUGGAAUCAACAAGUUCGUGGAGGUGAUCGACAGACGCGUGGCCACAGUCAAGAGAGAGAGAGAGAGAGAGAGAGAGAGAGGCAACGCUCCACUCCACGCCAAGGUCACCACCGCAGGACAUACCGAUCCCUUUGCUGCACUACCACGCCCGCCAUCUACACCCACGGUGGGCGCACCGAGGCUCCUGCACUCACACGCACAGCCUCUACCUCUGUUACAUUCACGCCACAGCCCCGCAGCGGCGACUCACCCUCCAUUGGAUAGGAGGGCCUCUGGUGGCGCGCCUCAUGCCCUCUGAGGGACAUGACGAAUGUGGAGGCUGUCGAGGCCGUUGGAGGCCAACAAGGGAGGCGCGCGCUCUCUAGUGGCUGGGUCAUGGCGGGCCCGGCGGUGCGUGUGGACCGGGGGUGGUAGGACGCUGCCAGAGCCUCGCCACACCCCGGCCUCUGCUGCUGCUGCUGCUGCUUCCCACCUCACGCAGCCCAUGCUCUGCGGCGACACCUUUCUGUCACACCACCCCUGGCAAUGACCCAUCCCGGCCACGCCCACGCCAGCCUGUCACCCCUCACCCCAUCCUGCGGCACCCGCCAAGCCGUCGCCUCUUAGUCAGGGAGCCCGGGGGGUCCCCAGCAGCGAAGCCAGGCGUCAGGAUCACCAGUGAGCCGCGUGAAACUUGCACUCUUGAUUCCCACCAAAGUGAAACAGACACACUACCAUUAACACGCCAGCAGGACCUGCCGACUCUUCCAGAACGAGGCAAACUGUGGCAAGGCCUGGAUCGUAGCGGUGUUAAUGUUGCCAUGUCUGUGUGUGCGUGAAGUCAGAGCCCAGCCAGCUUUGCGCCACAAGGCAGCCGUGCAAUCCAUCUAGGAGCUAUGAAACCUGAUAGUUCCCGCCGCAACUUUCCGAAGAGGUAGUUUGGGGAGCCAAGGUCCAGGACAGCAUGGCCAACCUGAGUCCCCGGCGGCGGUGAGAGGCGGGCCGCGAGUGUUGACAGGUGGCGCUGGGUGAAGGAGACUUGCCAAAUAUACCCCCCAGUCGUCACCGUGUUUGUGGGCGGCCCUCAUCUGUGUCUGCCCGGGUGUGCCGCCAGUCAGGCUCAGUUGGCUCCUGGUGACGCACCCCGCACUGCGUCUCUUCACCCGCGACAGCCUGGCGUGGGCGUGCAUGGUGUAGCGGGCGGCCUCGGAGGUCCGCCGCAGCGCGACUGUGGCUCCCGCCCGGUCCACCGCCGCUGCUGCCUCCACCUGGGGGGGCCGGCGUCUGGCCUCGCAUGGCCGCGGUAAUGUUCCUACGCAAGGCAAUGCGUUACUACCGCCUCUGGAUUUACACGUGCAAUGCCGUCCUGCUCGUGUCAGUGUUCGUAUUUAUGGGCGUGGCCUUACGUGUGACAACUCAUCCGUACCUGUCCCUCGUGCCCACACCCCCUGCCUACCACCCGACCUUCCUCUACGGUUACGGGGCUCUCCUGCUGCAGGCGGGAGUCCUGCAGGCGCUGGGAUGUGUGGGCGCCCUGCGGCUCUCCCAGCGACUCCUCAACAUCUACUGGUUUCUGUUGCUGUUCCUGUUACUGGGCGAUGUGGUGGUGGGCCUGGUGUGGCUGUACCGCUUCGCUCACCUCACAGACGGCCUGCUGCCUUACGCCCGCAACACGCUCCACACCCAGUAUGGCAAUGACCCGGACGUGACGGAGGCGUGGGACACUCUGCAGCGAUCCGCCAAGUGCUGCGGCGUCGCAGAGCCGCAAGAUUACAACGAGACGCAGUGGGCGAUGCGCCAGGGCCAGUCUGUCCUGAGGCUCCCGGCGUCGUGCUGCGUCAUGGACGAAGGUAGGAGCGUGACGCCCAGCACUCGUCCGGUCAACUACCAGGCUGACCCGAGUCCUCGCCACGUGAAGCUCUCACGGAAAAAGCCUCCCACGGAAGCGUCAAAGAGUGCGUCACGCCUCGAGGGUCGCGCCAGCUACCGCAAUCUGACGUGCGGCGACAACAGCCACGUGCGGGACCAGUACGAGGGCUGCCUGGUGCACCUGGAGCGCUGGCUGCUCGAGUCAGCGGAGACGCUUAUGAUUCUCGGUUUUUGUGUCAUAGCUUUUAUCAAACUGUGUUUUGUUGGCAUAUUACGCUUUGAAAUACAAGAAAUGAUUCAAAAAAUAAAAAUCCUGCAAGGCGAGGCUCCAUGCGUGCCCAACCCGGAGAUCGCCGCGGCACUGGGCCUCGUGUCGCCUGACAAGGCGGCGGAGUGCGGGGGGCUGCUGAGCUCAGGCGGCGGCGAGGGGGAUGGUGCGGGGGCGCCUGACGGGGGCGGCGAGGGCCAUCAAGACUCAGAGUCGGGCGCCGCCACGCCCCUCACGCAACCCCGCCUCAACCACUUGCCCAGCCACACGGACGGGGCAGAGUCCGACACCAACUCCCACUGCGCCCUCAUCACGGACACGCCCGUGCGUCGCCCGCAGCCGGACAAGCGUAAGCCUAAUGGCAAUAAUAAUGACGUGACAGAACUGCGCGAGUUGCGUCACGUGCGGCAGACUCAAAUAUGAUAAUGGCGAGCGGCCUCCUUGUGGACUCGUCUGGUGGGAGGGUGGAGCAGAAAGUCCACGUGAGCGGCGGCGGGCCUGAGCCCAGGUAGUGGAUGUAGUAGUGCGCUGCCGCUGCUGGGGCCAGCGUGGGGGUCCGGGGUCAGGGGUCACGGGACACCCCACAUAGCCUUACACCGCCCCCUGCCCCGCGCCCCGGCUCGCGCCGCCGCCCCUCCCCGGGCCUCGUAGGCACUGGGUCGCGGCUACCACGCGCGAGGCACAAACCAAACCUAAGGCCUCCGUAACUUAAGGUCACGACGAUGACGCCAGGACAGUGAGGGACACGUGAGGGCCAGGACGAGCCGUGCCUCUCCCUCCCUCCCAGACCACAGAGGGCAGGGCAGCGGGUGGUCCCCUGCCUCGCCCUAGCCACGCUGCUUGCCGCUCCCACACCGCGGUGACACGCCUGCUGCCGCCCCUUCACACACAAGAUCGAGCCCGUCACCCCUUGCGGAGGAAGGGAAGAAGGCAGCCUGACAGCCACACCCACGGAGGAAGGGAGGGACUGAGACCACACCAAGGAAGAGGAAUGGCUGAGGACACAAGGACAUGGAAGGAGACGCUGCAGUCACCGGAGGAGGCAGGAGCAGCGGCGUCCCAACGAGACACCAGUGUGCAGGGGGUAGAGGAGGGGCGCGCGGGACACAACGAGUAGAGGGAAGAAGGGAGGGGAGGCACUGAACAGUCAUGCUUUACCAGUAGACCGCAUGACUCGGACAGACAGACCAAGGAGGUACCGUCGCCACGCGCCUUGCCCUGUGGUGUACCAUGGACUGCACCGCCACUCAGACGCGACCUGGCUUGGGUUCACGAAGCAGCGCGCCACCCUGAGCUGCCAGUGCUGCCUCGGCGUGGCGCGGAGGCUGCCUGGUGGUGGCGCGGCCUCGUAUGAAGAAAUACCGGCGUCGUGUACCUGAGGCGGCGCUGACGUUACUCUGUGUUACUAGCAAGUAUUACUGACCAGUCCACACACCUGUAAUUAAGCGCCUCAUACCGUGUAGAGCCUAGUCUACCUUUCCAUGGGCACUCUAUAGCCACAAGCAGAUACUUAGCGGGGAGGGAGGGAGUAGUAGCGUUUCACGAAGACUACCGUAUUACUGGACAAUACUACCACACAUCGACCUUAAAGGGUAAUAUAUGAUACGCUUCGUCAGUAGCUGUGACCUGUGCUUGGGUAAGUCGACCGAGAAGAAACACAGAAGACACGAGCGGCGGCGCGUCCUGUGGCCAGCCCGCGCCCUGCGGUCAGCCCGCGCCCUGCCGUCUGCCCGCCCUACAGCCGCUCGCACCGCCGCCCCAUGCUCUGCCCAUUCAGCACCUCUCCGUGCCCUCCUCCUCCUCCUCCAGGGCGACGGGGCUGGCGGCAGUAGCGGCCGCGGGAGGGUCGGCGCAAAUCCCGGGGGACCUCACUCACCAGUGCCGCAUGUGACGCCGCGCCGCUAGGCACGGGAGGACGACUCGUGAUUGGCUGAGUGUCGCGGUGCUCAACGAAACGUAUUGUGUGUCUGCCGUGGAGGAGCGCCGUGAUGGCCGCCGCCCCGCACCAGGCUACGUGCGCAUCUAUCCCGCCACUGUUAUACCGUUGUCUGUAACAUUACUAUCACUGUAAUUACUAGCAUGAUGUACUAUAUGGGGAAAAUACCUAAUGUUUGUACAAAUAGGAAUGUUCUUUUUUAUCACAUAAUAAUUUCUUAAGUACCUGUGUUCCUUUUUUAUGGUCUAGAUAUUACAAUGAAAUGUUUGCAGUGUUGCGUGCGGCGGGCGGGGAGCGAGCAUCGGUGAGCGCGUCACAGCCUCCCCAGGCACCGCGGUGCCGCUCACCCGCCCGCCCCCAACACUCUCGGGUAGGGGCGUGGCCGGCCGCUACUCCCUACCCACCCUCCCUACACCUCAUACACAUCACACCUCCGUUGCAGGGGCGGACGUCGCCGCUCCCUGGUGGCGCUGGCAAGCCCUGCCCUCCGCUGCUGCCUCACCAGCUGAUUAUUUUUUUCAUGUGAAAACACUGCGCUAGGAUUGCACACACACACACACACACACACACACACACACACACACACACACACACACACACACACACACACACACACACACACACACACACACACUGCAGUGAACCCAGAUAUACUCACACAUGACACGCAUACUCAUGAGUUUAAACACAGGCACAAUUGAGCGCGGGGACACGCUACUCUUCUGUACACUUCACACCUCACAGCCUCACCACACACACACACACACACACACACAUCAGCUACCAACUCCUUGAGCAUCCCUCUUGUAUCAUUACUUCACCACCGAUAACAAUAAUAACAGCUUCUCUCUCUCUCUCUCUCUCUCUCUCUCUCUCUCUCUCUCUCUCUCUCUCUCUCUCUCUCUCUCUCUCUCUCUCUCUCUCUCUCUCUCUCUCUCUCAAUCCAUAUUUCCCAUCACACCUCCACCUUUACCUCCACCCUCACUCUCCCGGCCACUCAUCUUCACGCCCUUCAUAACUUCCUUUCCCCUCUCGACCUCCUCUGACGUACUACAUGUAAUGAAACUGUUCACGUCACCGCCACGACUUUCCUCUCCCAGGUGUGCCCUCUCCCCCUGCUCUCCCAGCGACACGUUCCCAGCUUUAUCUGUUCUGUCACAGCUGUCCCCAGCCACGCCUAUCAGGCUAUCUAUGGGAUGAUGCGGGUACCUCCAAAAUACAGGAGGAGAUUAACCAUUAGUGUAGCGCCAGGAGGUUAAUCUGGCGUUCACUCUCUGUACCACGUGAGUCCCUGGGGCCACCGCAGGCCUCUCCACUCCAUGGCAGCGCUUACUGAACAUGCCGAACCAAUCACCAGGAAAACUACUGUACACGCAUGCAUACUCGUAAAUACGGUGGCAUCACAAAUGAGGGACCAUUAAAGUUAAGUCUUGACACAUAAUCUAAGUCGACCGCAGCAGAAGUAAUAGAUUCAAAUGCUAUUCAUUAAGAAAAGAACAUUUAAGCAGAGACACAAAAGUUUUAUGCUUCUGCUCUGAGAUUUGCACACGAGUAUCAGCACAGCGGUGCGGCAAGCCCCGUGUUGCAUGGCGUCAAGCAGCCCCCGUAGCCCCACCAUGCAGUGCUGCACACCCGCCUUAGCGCCACCCCGGAGACUCAUGUGCAGUGUACUAGUGCCUGGUUAGCCUCGUGGCCGCCAUAAGUUACCAAGUGUUAAUGUUACAGUCCUCUCCUCGUCUCUGUUGUGGGUGGCGUGCUCGGACGCGCCAACGUGAUCUGUGUACAGUUGACUCCGUUUUGUUCUUUACUCCCCGACCCUUCACCACCACCACCACCACCACCGAGACGGCCUGGCCUGCAAUGUGCCCUGCGUUACUGGUUCCUCUGAUACCGGCUAAACCGAGUCCCUUAAUCGGAACACACCAGAUCAUACCACACACGACACCACCACAGCCCUGGAGGUGGGGUGGUGAGCGCGCCUCCAGCACCACGGCUGAAGGGGAAGCGUCAUUCACAACUUUGGCUCGGCUUCAUCAGUAUUACCCUCAGUAUUACCCACCUGACCUUUCACGGGACAAACAAUUACCCACACCCUGGCCCCUCAUCCUCUCAUCCCCCACGCACGUCAUCAAGGGGCUGCGCUAACGUCCCCAUCAAUACAGGAUGCAAAACGGAGUCAUUGGAUUAGCAGAGUAUUGGAGCAGUCAAGUGUCCCGCUGCACUAAGCCUUACACGCGUCUCCUGGCAAUGUUUCCUAAAAAUAUCUUAUUAGAGAACGUAAAAAUUAGCUCUUAAUCAUUGACAUGGAAUUUAUCUUGCCGUCCAUCUCUCCCCCGUCAGUUUCCAAACCUUUCCCGCGCCAACCUUCCAGCAGGCACCGGCUUCUGAGUCCCGGCCAUGACACAGUGCUUCUCUGAGCAUCACCAAGCCACCAACCAGAGCUGUGACGACAGAGGGACCACCACCAGGAGUAUCUAACCGAAUGUGUUGCUAAAUGUGAACAAAAAGUACAGUUAUCCCGACUUCCAUCAUUUUGCUUCGUACGCGCCUGACGUAAAGUUGUGCUGAAGUCGGCAUGAUAUCGGUGUAACAAUGAAUUCAACAUUUAUACGACUGAUUUGGGUUAGCGAUAUUAUCACCAUAAUUACCAUUAAAAUCAUGAGCACAUUACAAGCAAAGGCUAAGCCGCGGAAACUACGCACGUCACAUCUAUAAAAAACAGAUUUCCCAUUUUCGCCGACCGUAUUCUACAUUAUAAAAAACGGAGUAGUUAUCCCCUGACUAUACUAUAUAUAGCAGCGCCAUUCACGAAGGGGAAACUUUUAUAAUCAUACUUUGUGACCACCAGAGUCCGCGUGUACAUAGACAUACAUACAUAUAUACAUACAUACAUCUGUUUCUAUCAUAACGUUUAAGCGGUAUAUCAUUUGAACGAUGUCAUUUCUUCAGUUCAGUCUACCUGCAGGCGCCCCCUCGCCCAGACCAGACCAGCCCAGCCCAGCCCAGCCCAGCCCAGCCUAGCCUAGCCCGGCCCGAGGAGGUUACCGCAGGCUGGCUCAAAGCGGUGCAAAGCCAGCCUACUUCCCUUACCACUACCACCACUUCCACUACCACCACGCCGCCGCCGCCGCAGUCACCGGUCUUACGUCGUGUAGCGCAUAAUGUACUGACUAUUACGUAACCACUCCACCCGGUGCGUCACUUGUAUCUUGUGUAGUCGCUUCGAUACAGUAUUGCAAACUCGGUUUCACACAUGAAAUGAAAUGUUCACUAUAUUAUUACACCUAAAUAUACACAUACGCACACUACACACACACACACACACACACACACACACACAAACAGACAGACGGACACUUUUCCUAGUACCGAGAUAGACUCAUCAACACGUGAGGUUAAUUCAACUUGUAAAAAGAAAAAAAAAGGAUGAAAUGAGUAAAUGAAUAAUAGUUACAUACAUACGUACAUACACUACUAAUAUCCAACAACUAAUUUAUACGUAUAUAUAUGGAAAAAUAAAGUCAUAAAUCGUUUCCAGGAAAAAGGAAGUUAUUAAUGUGACAUAUCAAAGUAAUACUGUUUGAUUCUUAUUUCUUCCCCAGCCCCCCCCUCCCCCAACACACUGUUGUUUGGUUUGUUUGACUGUUUGUUUGUUAGUUUGUUUGUCUGUUUUGUGUUUGUUGAGAGUAACUGUGGUAGUUCCAGGCGCACACUAUACAUACACACACACACACACACACACACACACUAACAAGACCACACGUAACACCACCUUCAGGACACACACACACACACACACACUAACAAGACCACACGUAACACCACCUUAAGGACGGACACACACACACACACACACACACACACUAACAAGACCACACAUAACACCACCUUAACACACACACACACACACACACACACACCUCCUCGUGCUCCCAUGUUAGUCGAUACGUCACCAUCCCAUUCUGGGCCCCGAGAGCCGCCCCGCCAUUGUGUCAUGUUGUUACCUUCACAGCUUGUUAUAUGCGCCAAAUAUAUAAUGACUUACUGACCGC